AAAUUCUCGCUCUGUUUCCUCUUCAUCAGUCUCGCGAUCGGAACCCCUCUCAGCUCUCCUUCCUCUCCCACUUCCGCCGCCUUCGUCGUGUCGAUACAUGGCGAUGGAAUUUUAGGGGUUCGCUCCCCAUCGGCAGCCUCCCCACCUCUUCGCCCCAUGUCCUUAUUUGACGCCGCCUCCCACCCCCGGCAGCCCUUCGAUCACCACCACCACCUCAAGCGCAAGGUCGACGACCAUGACGAUCAAGAUCACUCCUUCCCCCUCCUGAAGAUGGCCAGGCCCUCCUCUCCCCCUUUCUCCUUCCCCUCCCCCUGCCUCACCCCCGCCCUCGCCGCCUUCGAUGUCGAAGAGUCCAAGACCCGGUUGUCUUCUUCCCACCCGCCACCUCCCUUCGCCUCCCCCUCUGCGUCGCUGCCAUCGCCGUCAUCGCUGCCGUCGCCGCCGUCCGAUGAACUCCACUUCUUUGUGCGCUUGAUGUCGCGUGGAAGCCUCGUGGUCCACGCCCGCCCAACUGACACCGUGAAUUCCGUCAUCGAACGGAUCGAAUCGGUCACCGGCAUCCCCAGCCGCGAGCAGCGGCUGAUUUAUUGCGGUCGCCAGCUGCGCGGCGAGUCCACCCUCCGCCACUCCGCGGUCAAGAAGGACGCCACCCUCCAGCUCACCGGCCGACUCCGGAGCACCGGUCAGAGCAGGGCUUGGCGGGUCGUCGACGACCUCGUUUCCUCUAUUUGUUUCCUCAAUGCCGCCGCAGCCUCCGACAUCUGUACCGUCGAUCGGCAGCGAACCGUCGCCCAGCUCGUGAAGGAUUUCCUCAACACUACCCUUGCCGACUCCGACGGUGACAAAGAUAAAGCUUUGGCCUACCUCGGAGUCUUUUCACUGGCCGGCGCCCCAUCGGAGCUCGUAAAACUGUAUCUUUCGCCUUUGGCCGACAACCGAGCCAUAGCCGAAGGUGCUAUUCGGAUUUUCCUCGACUCCAAUCCUGACUUCCUUCCGGUGUACGUGCACUCGCAGUGCGCCCCUAUCGUGUUCACCUUCUGUAGGAUGCUCGCAGCCACCGUGGGCAGGAACGACCAGCUUUAUGUUGGGUGCCGGAGGACAUUGUCUAAGCUUCUAAAGGCUUCCAUAGAGCCUUUGAACUCAGUUCAUUUGAAGUCGACUCACUUGCUACUGGAGCUGCAUUUGUUUAUCACUGAGCUUAGUGGUCUGGUGGAUGCUGCGCUUUCAUCUGACUCCAUGUUAGAUUCGGAGGUUGUUCUCACUGAUCUCUCCAAUUUCUUGACAGCGAUGCGUUGGGCAAUACAGGAGUGGAAGGGUGUAGACAGGCCAAUCUCUGAGCACUUGUAUAUCCUGGGGAGUCCAAGGUAUGAGAAUGGCAUUGGUUUGUUAUACGAGUUAUAUAUAAAGCUCCUGAACAAGGUUGGCCAGUGUCUGAAGAAGGUGGAGGACAUACUGGAUGAAAGGGGGCAGGCACGGUACGAGGCUCAGUUGCCAAAAUGGUCACAGCUACUUGUUGUUCUUACAGUGAUCAAGGUUUUCUCCAAGAUUUUUGAGGGCGCCGAGCAGUUGCUUCAUUCACUUCUUUUCGAGCGGCGGAGGACACUGAAUGCACUUCUCAGAUGUGCUAAGAGGAAUCGGAAGCUUCGCUGGUUUCUCAAGUAUAAAGACAUAACUGAUUUUGAGGCAAGAAGGAAUUUACUUUUGAUGAUGCUUCCUGAAGGAAAAGAGGAAGAAGAACUGCACGAAAUGCUCAUUGACAGGUUCCAGCUGCUAUCUGAGUCCUUUCAAUAUAUUGGCCAAGUUGAUGCUACUGCAUUGCGUGGAGCAAUUUUUAUGGAGUUCAAAAAUGAGGAGGCCACAGGUCCAGGUGUUCUCAGAGAGUGGUUCUGUUUGUUAUGCCAAGCUAUUUUCAAUCCUCAGAAUCCACUUUUCUUGUCAUGCCCACAUGACCAUCGAAGAUUCUUUCCUAAUCCUGCAUCCUCUGUAGAUCCUCUGCACCUCAAAUACUUCAGCUUCAGUGGGCGAGUGAUUGCACUAGCAUUGAUGCAUAAAGUCCAAGUUGGUGUUGUGUUUGAUCGUAUGUUCUUCUUGCAACUAGCUGGAAGAUCUGUUUCUUUGGAAGAUGUGCGUGAUGCGGAUCCAGUCUUAUACAUGAGUUGCAAACAAAUUCUCGAGAUGGAUGCAGCCCUUCUUGAUUCAGAUGCCUUAGGGCUAACAUUUGCCAGAGAAAUUGAUAUGAUGGGGUCAAAGAGGAUGGUUGAGCUGUGCCCUGGUGGGAAGGAUAUUAUUGUACAUAGCAGGAACAGGGAGGAGUAUGUCAGCCUCCUGAUUAAGCAUUGCUUUGUUACAUCAAUCUCUGAACAGGUUGCUCAUUUCACUCAGGGUUUUGGUGAUAUUCUUUCUAAUUCAAAGCACCAGCGGUUUUUUUUCGAUAGCAUGGAUCUUGAAGAUUUUGAUCGAAUGCUAGGUGGAAGUAAUAAUGUCAUUAAUGUGAAGGACUGGAAAGAACAUACUGAAUAUAAUGGCUAUAAAUCCAAAGAUCGUCAAAUCUAUUGGUUUUGGAAGGUUGUAGAGAGCAUGUCCGAGGAGCAACGGAGAGUGCUGCUUUUUUUCUGGACAUCCAUCAAAUACUUACCUGUGGAUGGAUUUGGUGGUUUGGCUUCCAGACUGUACAUAUACAAGUCGUCUUCAGAUUCCCAAGAGUGUUUACCAACAUCACAUACAUGCUUCUACCGCCUUUGCCUGCCAGCUUAUGGAACAAAAUCCAUGAUGCAUGACCGGCUUCAGUUAAUUUCUCAAGAGCAUAUUAGCUGCAGUUUUGGCACCUCAUAAAGAAGAAUGAUGGAAAAGAAGAAGCUGGUUCUCUGUACAGAUGUGUUUAUGUCGAAAUCAUGUUCAUGAUAGGAUGUAAUUAAGCACCUGCAAUUUAAAUUAGUUAUCUAUAUAGGGAAAAAGAAAAGAUUUCUUUACCUUGUUUCUCUAAUCUUCUCUAUGGCUAGAAAAGUAAAAAAUAGAAAGGCUAUUUUCUCUCUAGUGGAACUGUUAACUUCUGAUGGUAAGUAGAGAGAGAGAGAGUACUUUUCUCAAGUUGUUCAUACCAGCAGUCUCUUGUAAAUAAUUAACCAAAGUUGAAUGGGGACUUAAUUGUUCUCAUUGUCAUUAUCAUUGAUCAAAUCUUCUCCUACAAGGAGUUUGUCUUUC